CUCAAACAACACCGCUUUUCUGUUUUCAAAUUCUCGUCUCCUGCUAUCUAUAUAUUUCUCUCUCCUGCAGCAACGACGACUUUCUCUCUCUGUGUGUGUGAAUAGAGAGCUGGGGAGAAGGAGAUGGCGAGGAGACCGGACGACGAGUACGAUUACUUGUUCAAGGUCGUACUGAUCGGAGAUUCAGGCGUCGGUAAAUCCAAUCUUCUCUCUCGAUUCACUCGAAAUGAGUUUUGUUUGGAAUCCAAAUCCACCAUAGGUGUUGAAUUCGCUACUCGUACCCUCCAAGUAGAGGGAAAGACAGUGAAGGCUCAAAUAUGGGACACAGCGGGACAAGAACGAUACCGAGCCAUAACAAGUGCGUAUUACCGUGGGGCCCUAGGGGCACUUUUGGUAUAUGACACAACAAAACCAACAACUUUUGAAAAUGUAAGCCGAUGGCUAAAAGAACUUAGAGACCAUGCGGAUUCAAACAUAGUAAUCAUGCUAAUUGGAAACAAAACAGAUUUGAAACAUCUAAGAGCUGUUACAUCAGAAGAUGCUCAAACAUUUGCUGAAAAAGAAGGGCUUUCGUUCAUUGAAACGUCUGCAUUAGAAGCUGUAAAUGUUGAGAAGGCGUUUCAGACGAUUCUUGGAGAGAUUUAUAGGAUUAUAAGUAAGAAAUCACUUGCGAUUGGGAAUUCGGGAGGUGGAAUUGGGAGUAGUGUUAAACAAGGGGAGACACUUGAGGUGGGGUCACAGGAAGUUAAUGCAAAAAAGGCUUGUUGCUCUUAGUUUUUAAGUUUUGGAGGAAGAAAAAAAAUGGGAAUCGAGAUUUGUUCGUGUUUUGAAUUUAUGAAUUAUGAUUACUAGUAGUAUUUGAUUCUUGUUGUUGAUGGUAUGGUUGACUUUCUAACAUACAUACAUAUUGAGGUUUUGACUUUAAA